AUGAUGAUUGCCGCAGGUGCAUUUUUUUUGCCCAGCGAGCACCAUGUCCAUGACACCGGUGUUCAGUAUACUGUGAAAAAGAAUGAGAUAUAUGGUCGACAAGGAUUGAAUGGUAGAUGGCUACACGACAGAAAGCUCGCUGCUGGCAUGGAUGUACUGGAAGCGCGACUUAUGGCUGGUAGCAAGAAAUCGAACCUUGCUAAGUUCAUGCUAUACGUGCGUGCAUGGCAGACUGACAAUGUAGGCAUCAAUCUCUGGCAGUUCUAUUCUCAGCGUUCGGUUCGGCGCAAAGCUUGGGACACCCGCAUUUCCAUGGAUUCUGCAAUAAACAAGGCCACGGACACAAUUCUGAAUAUGAUCAAAGGUCCACCACCACAACGAUUUCCAAGCGACCAUCAUGCAAUUACGGCCGAUGACAAGAGAACCCGUCGAAAACGUAGGAGACGAAGGAGGUGUGAAUGGAACAAGGAACAGUGGGAAUCCGAACGGCCCGUUCUGCUCGGUUUUGGUGCAGACGCACUCACUACUGGCGAUCAUCGAAGAGGCUCACGGCCCGCUUUGGAUGCUAAGCUAGCCACAAGGUUACUCAUUCGAGCGAAAAGCAAAAAGGGACGUCGCUUUGUACCUGUCCGCAUUGACGAAUACGGUACAUCAAAGUUCUGCCCGCGCUGUGCCAUGUUUGGACGUGUAACUGAGUUACGUUUACUCCGGCGGCCACCUCCUCUUCGCCAUGCCCUCAAUAUGGACCAACUCAACGAUCUUGGUGAAGACGAAGUCAUCCGCAUCAAGGUUUGUCCACAAUGCCAGCAAGAAGGCCAUGGUGUGUUUCAUCGAGACGGUGCCUCAGGUCAUUGUCAGUCAACAAUUGCGAUGGCAAUGCUCGAACACGGCCAACGGCCAGGUCAGUUCAUUCGCCCAUCACGCAAGAUCCCAAACAAUUAGACCGUCUUCGUCAGGACGGUCGGGUUUACACCCGUGGCUUGCUCGUGACAUAGUCACACAGCCC